GGAAGUGACGACACUAAAAUGGCGUCCUCCGUUAGCCGGCUUGCUACACGCUCUUUCCUCACGUCGCUUAUUUCCAAACUAAGCCGGUGUCGUCUCCAAUUUUCAUCCGCCACACGUGUUUAUGUUUCGGCGAGGUUCUCGACGGCACACCGGCGAGGUUCGGCGGCUCACCCGUGCCCGCGGAGCCACAAAAAUGCGGUGACAUUGAGCCGGCUGACAGCCUUGCCAUGUCCUCACGUUAUCCUUGGACGGCGUUUUCGUACCAGCGCCAGAUGUGCCGACAACCAAGACUUGUACGAGGUGCUGGGCAUCGCCCGCACCGCCUCGCAAAAGGACAUCAAAAAGGCCUAUUACCAGUUGGCAAAGAAGUACCACCCAGACACCAACCCAGACGACCCGGAGGCCAAAGGGAAGUUUGCCAAGCUGGCCGAAGCCUACGAGGUGUUGAGUGACGAGCUGAAGAGGAAGCAGUACGACAUGUACGGCGCGGCGGGCUUCGACCCAAACCGCGCGGGGCAGCAGCAGCACUACAGAUCGGGCAGCGCCAACGUAGACCCUGAGGAGCUCUUCAGGAAGAUCUUCGGGGAUUUUGCCGGCGGCUUCCGAGACGUCAACAGCAUGUUUGAGGAAAGGCCGGAGUUUGUGAUGGACCUGACAUUUGCCGAAGCGGCGAAGGGCGCCGACAAGCAGCUGUCCGUCAACCUCGAGGACGCCUGCCCGAGGUGCGACGGCAAGGGCAACGAGCCGGGCACCAAAGUGUCGCACUGCCACUACUGCAACGGCACGGGCAUGGAGUCGGUGCACACGGGCCCCUUCAUGAUGCGCAGCACGUGUCGGCGCUGCGGCGGCAACGGCUCCAUCGUGAUCACGCCCUGCACGCUGUGCCGCGGUUCGGGUCAGACCAAGAAGAGGCAGACGGUCAUGGUGCCGGUUCCGGCUGGGGUUGACCACGGUCAGACUGUGCGCAUGUCAGUCGGCAAGAAGGAAGUUCUCAUUACGUUUCGGGUUGAGAGGAGCCCCGUGUUCAGGCGCAACGGAAUCGACAUCCACUCUGAUGUGCUGAUCUCCGUGGCCCAAGCCAUCCUGGGCGGCACGGCCACUGCGCAAGGCCUCCACGACGCUAUCAACAUCUUGAUUCCCGCAGGGUGCCAAGCAGAUCAGGUAAUUCGGCUGCAGGGGAAAGGCAUUCGCAGGCUCAACAGCUACAGCUACGGCGAUCACUACGUGCACAUCAAGAUCAAAGUGCCCAAGAAGUUGACGCGGCGGCAGCGUUCCCUGCUGCUGAAUUACGCCGAGGAGGAGGCGGACGUCCCUGGGACCGUUAACGGUGUCAGUUCAUCUCCAGCUAAGCGUUCCACCGACACUGAAAGAGGGGGAGCCAGCGAGUCACCUUCUGCUGAGAAGUCGAGCAGCUCAGAGGGAGACGACAAACAAAAGAAUGAGGACCAGGAGGAGGGCGGCUUCUUUUCGAAACUCAAGAAAAUGUUUCGAUGAGAUUAACCACACGAGAUGAAGGUCAGCGUGGUAAAAGAAGAGGAUGAACCCGCGAGGACGCACGUUUACACGGAGGCAAUUGUAAAAGCUGCGGGUGGCAACGUGGUAACGCCCCCAGCAAAAAGUGGCAAAGGACUGUGGUAAUUACUGUAAAAUAUGGUACGCCGUUUAGAAGCCUGUGGUAAAGACUAUAAAAUAUAUAUUUAAAUCAAUUCCACGGGGGUCAUUGCGAGCUUUCGCUCCUUUCGAGUUGAUACCCGAGCACAGCCGGUGGCGUCAUCGCUUUGCCGUGCGGUUUCGAAGCACCGCGGGGAGACUCCAAAGGCGGACUUGAGUCAAAACGCCACCCGUUGCUUUUCUACGCUUUUCGCACCGCAGAAAACUUUCUGUUCUCAGCGUGCGGUUUUGCGCACGACAACCGUAAACGAGCUCCCGAAAGCCGGCCGAGGCGUCCGCCGCGUACGCUCGGCGUGGCCGCUCUGAUGCGUGCAAACGUUCCAAAUAAGUGACGGACUCCUUUUGCUACUUAUGUUUGUGGAACAAAAAUGUUAUUGUGUCCUUAUAGGAAAUGUAGCUGCAGGCUUUACAAAGGCAUAAAUCCAAAGAAUAAUCACUACUCAACAUCAGUCAGAACCAUAAAAAAAAGCAGCGUUCAUUUGUAUAACUCAUAUAAUGAAAGUAUAGAUUAUAUACCAAAAUAAACGGUGCAACAGAAGCCCGCAGAUGUGAUGCAACGUGAUUUAUUGUUCUCUAAUAGGGUUAGGGUCGUGGAACUGUGUGAGGCUUCAGGCUGUCUCCCCGUUGCGUUUUCCAGCUAAUAAAUCACAUCAGUAGUUAACUGCAGCUUCUGUUGCACCAUUGAUUUAGGUAUGUCAUCACAAUAAAAUGGAAUAAAUGCAGUAUAUUAAAAUUUAUUGAGAUGUACCUGUAUCGAUUUUCUUUUGUCACAACACUCCCGAUA